AUGAUAGGUGAUCCUUAUUUUAGGCGCCUGUCCGGGGAUGAAAAGGAGAAUAUUGCACCUGUUGUAAAGGCUACAUCUGAGGUUGGUGAUGUUUUGGAAUAUGCUGAAGAGAAAUUUAAUAAAAUUUUGACGAGCACGGAUGUGUAUAAUUUACGUAAGGAUGUGAGACCAGCCAUGCCUUUGAGACCAGACGUUAUACGCAUAAUAAGGCAAAGCGGUCAGGUGGCUGAGUGCAGUUAUAUCGGAAAUAUGGGGAGGUGGUGUGUAUUGACUCAACAUACAAUACCAAUAAGGAUGGAUAUUCUCUGUUUCAGUUGGUGGUAA